AUGGGAAACAUUGUGUCUGAAUCAGGGCUGAAACUAGAUGGUGAGAAAGUGGGCGCCAUAAUUCAGAUGCCCUCGCCUCAGAGCAAAGAAGAUAUUGCAGAGAUUCUUAGGAAUGGUCAACUACUUCUCCCAGUUUAUUUCCAGACAGUCGGAAAUUACUGCACCAUUGCGAUAACUCAUAAAGAAAGAAGCAGCAUGGAUCUGGUCGCACGAGCACGCACAGUUAGUGGAACGGCUCAAAGGAAUCCUGUCUAGCCAGCCUGUUCUAAAAUUCUUUCAUCCUACCAAGCCAGUCAAGCAGCAAGUGGAUGCCUCUAAGUCAGGUCUGGGAGCAUGCAUCCUCCGGGAUGAACACCCGAUAGCUUACUCAUCAAGGUCCCUUACACCACCUAAAGAAAAUAACUCUCAGAUCGAGAAGGAACUUCUCGCAUUUGUAUUUGGGUGCGAGAGAUUCAAUCACUAUGUGUAUGGCAGGCCAGUUGAAGUGGACUGAGACCACAAACCACUUGUUCCAAUCACAAAGAAGCCACUGGUUAAAUCCCCUCCAAGGCUUCAGCGUCUACUUUUAAGACUCCAGAAGUAUGACAUCAGCAUUACUUAUGUGCCUGGCAAGUACAUGUAUGUAGCAGACACUCUCUCUAGAGCUUCGUUAAAUGAGAAGUCUGCGGAUAGUGAACUGAAUGAUGACAUGGAAGUAGUGGUCCACAGUCUUGUUACAAAUCGUCCACUGACAGUAAAGAAGCUCACACAAAUGAAAUCUGAAACAGCUCAAGAUGAAACCCUUCAAGAGUUACUCAAAGUUGUCAAGAGUGGUUGGCCCUCUCACAGAAGUAAAGUCCCCUCGCUAAUUACUCACUACUGGCAUUUGCGUGGUGAAGUUCAUGAAGUUGAAGGUUUAUUGCUCCUAGACGAGAAGCUUAACUAUUUCACAAGGGAUGAGACCAGAUGUGUUGAAUUGCAUUCAUGA